UGAAUGAUAAUGAAAAAGACUAGACUAGAAGUAGAAGUGAAAUCAAGUGGUGAGUCAAUUGAAUUACUCUUUGAAGUCAUUGAGUUAGACGUUUAUUUUACUUGAGUAGGACUAUUUAUAUCUACUAUUGGCUAUUGGUCUAGGGGAAUACUAUGCAAAAUAAUAUAUUACUAAUAUAGUAUGUAUAAUAUUAUUAGUAGUAUCUAGUGUCUAUAGUUAUAGUAUAGGCUGUACUUAUAAAUUUUAAUAUAGAUAGCUAUAAUUAUUAUAUUUACAGUCAUACAUUGACAUAAUCUAGCAGUAUACUAUAUAUAUUAUAAUAUAUUAUACAACUAGUUAUCACUGUGACAUGAAUUGAGACAAAGACCAAUAGCCUAAAUUUUGCUAAAUUUAAAGUAACAAGAUGGCGCUAUGCCAAAAUGAUGAAUUUUAUAUUCUCAAUUCUUUAAAAUAUUGGCAAGGUUCUAGUAAAAGUAUUUAUAAUCUGUUUUCUUACGGCAUUAUGUUUGAUUUCCAUUUUGUUGUUUUUAAUCAUUCUUACAACCUCUAAUUUUAUUACCUAUUAACAGGAACUAAUUUAAAAUGAGUGUUGACACAAGCCUAGUGGAUACGCCAGGUGUAUCAGUCUAUUUUGAUGGAAAACCUAUACAAGAUGAACAGGAGGCCGAACUAUUACGUGAAGAUGAACGACAUGCAAGAGAGGUGAAUUAUUUUGGCUUAUUUUUACAUAUUAUUCAAUGUAAAUUUUUAAAUUUAUAAUUAUGUUCUUAGAUUUCAACAUUUGUAAUUUUCUUCAUAUUUCAAGAAGUUAAAAAAAUUCUUCAAUAUUUUGUUUAAAUUGCAUAAAAAGUGUCUGCCUUAGCCUUAAUAUAAUAUAUUGACCUCUUGUAUGAAUUUAUUACUUAAGAUCAAAAUUAGAAAAAAAUAAUUAAAAUUUCAGUGCUAUAGCUUACUAUAAUUACUAUGCGUGCUGUUUACUGACCUUAAUUCUCAUCAGAAAAGAAUUAUCAGUCUCAAAAUGACAAUUGUAUUGACUUUCCCCAUCACAGCUGCAGCGAGCCAUAGCAACUGAGCUGGAGGAAUUUGAAGAUGAUUUUUAUUCUGAGUCAGAUGAGGAUUCAGGAGAAGAAAGUCAGAAUACAACAAGUCAGCUUAGCAGGUACAUUUAAGCAUAGUAAUAAGUGGCAUGGACAUCAUUUAGGUAGGGCAAAAGGUGGGGGGGGGGGGGGGGGGGUGGAAUUCACCCCCCUACUGAAUUUUCAGGUGUUAGUUAAAUUGGUAUGUACUGUGGCCCCUACAGUAAAAAACAACUAAACAAGCUGGUUAAGUUUUGGUGUCGCCCCCCCCCCCAUGAAUUUUCAGGUGUUAGUUAAAUUGGUAUGUACUGUGGCCCCUACAGUAAAAAACAAAUAAACAAGCUGGUUAAGGUUUGGUGUCGCCCCCCCCCCCCUCCAAAAAAAAAGCAGUAUAGUUAAGCUUAAUACUACAAUUCAGCUUGGCAGGUAUCGUUAAUCUUAAUUACUAGUCAGGUUAAUAGGUACAGUUAAGCUAAAUUACAACAAUUCAACUUGGCAGGUAUGGUUAAGCUUAAUUACAACAAGUCAGGUUAGUAGGUACAUCCAUCCAUCCCUGUGGCACUACAGCCAAUGUAGGGCUUUGGCCUGCCUCACUACUUCCUUCCACUUAGACCUCAGGUUAGCAGGUACAGUUAAGCUUACUUACCACAAGUCAGGUUAGCAGGUACAGUUAAGCUUAAUUAAAAGUCAGGUUAGUAGGUACAUCCAUCCAUCCCUGUGACACUACUGCCAAUGUAGGGCUUUGGCCUGCCUCACUACUUCCUUCCACUCAGACCUCUGCUUAGCAGGUACAGUUAAGCUUACUUACCACAAGUCAGGUUAGCAGGUACAGUUUAGCUUAAUUACAAGAAGUCAGGUUAGCAGUUACAGUUAAGCUUACUUACCACAAGUAAGGUUAGCAGGUACAGUUAAGCACAGUAAUCACAUUCACUGCUUCACAUGCCUCAAGCAUUAUACUCUCAUUUUUUAAAUUAUUAUUUUUUUUUUUCACUUUAAAAAAAAAAAUGGAAUGAGGGAUUAUUUUUGAGCUAUGAUACAAUCUAUUUUAAUGCGUAAAUAUUGAGUGAUGUAUUCCUAACUGUAAUCAUUCAUGUACAUUGCAGGAAUGUCUCUCAUUCAGAAGCUGAGGUAAGCCCAGUUUUUGCAAAGCUUCCAAGACAUCCACAAACAUCACCUCUGUCAAGGGCCAGGUGGAAAUCUCAUUCCAUUCCUGAAGGACUUCACGAAAAUUACAACCAGUUGGCUCCGUUUCAUCAUCAGAAUGGUGGUAAAAGAUUGGAGGAGAUGCAAAAUGGCCUC